AUGGCAGAGCCUCUGAGGAGAACCUGGUCCCGGCUGCGGGGGAAGCGCGCCUCGCGCGGGGCCGCGCGCCCGGAGCGGGAGCGCGCGCGGCCCGAGGAGUCCCGCGCUCCCCCCGUGCCGCUCGCCCCCGCCGGCCCCGAGGGCGAGGACGCGGGCCCGGCAGCCCCCUGCGCGUGCUCGCCCGGCGGCCGCGGCCGCGGUAGCAGCCUCGGGCCCCCGCUGUCCCGGCGGUCCAGUCCGGGCGGCCGCAUCCUGCGGCAGGCGGAGGGCCCGGACCUGGAGGACGAGGACUACUAUGAGAACCUGCCCGGCUCCGAGGGCGAGGGCUGGGGCGAGGGCUCGGCCGCCCCCGCCGCCAUCGCCCCCGCCGCCGCCUCCGCCGCCGGCCCCUCCCCGGGGGCGGGCGGCGGCCGCCUGGAGACGGGCCGGCUGCGCUCCCAGCUCCAGGAGGCCUAUUAUUUACUCAUCCAGGCCAUGCACGACCUGCAGCAGGUGUCCCCGCCCCAGGCGCCGUGGACGGGGUUAGAGGGGCACAGGCACCCGGCGGCUCCUCCCCCUCUUCCUUCAUCUUCGCCCUCUCCCCCUCUUCUCCUCCCCCCUCCCUCUCCUUCUCUCCCUCCUCCCGCGUCCUCUCUUCCCCCUGAGCCUCCUCUCUCCCCCCCUCAUCCCCCCUCUCCCCCUCCUCUUCUCCCUCCUCUCCCUCCUCUCUCUCCUCUUCUCCCUCCUCUCUCUCCUCUUCUCCCUCCUCUCCCUCCUCCCCCUCCUCCCUCUCCUCCCCCUCCUCCCCCGCCCCGCACGCGGAGCCUGGAGAGCUUCCCGGUGGGGGCCCCGGCGCUUCUGCAGCGGUGGUCCAGCGACAGCUCGGUCCGCUACAGCGCGCUGCCGGCCACCGCGCAGUCCAGCUGUGCGGGCUGGGACCGGGACGCUCCCCAGCCACGUGGAGGGGCGAUGGACAGCCUCGGGUCGGGCUGCGCCUCCCGAGCCGCACCGGCCGGCUGCGUGGGCUUGCGUCCCUCGGAGCGGGGGACGGACGCAAGGUUGAUCGGGGACCCCGGCUCCUCCGGGAGUCCUUUGGGCCAUCUGGCGGCGCCCUCUGGCUUACACAGGAGCAAAGGGCACGGCCCCGAGAGUCCCUUCUUUAAGCCUCCCGUGGUGACUGUGAAGAAGCUGCAGAAGUGGAUGUACAAAGGACGCCUGCUGUCCCUGGGAAUGAAGGGACGCGUUAGUGGGUCCCCGUCCCGGUCCCCGUCCCCCAAAGCCCUUGACACUCCAGCAGCCCCGCGGUGCCUGGGAGCAUGGAAAGUGCAAGAAAGCAAAACCCAUCCUGUACCUGCAGACCAAAGAAUCAUGCUGACAGAUUUAAUUGAAAACGUUUACAUCUCUUCAAUGAAGAAAAGAGAACUUAAAGGUUUAAAGGACAAUGAACUGAAUGAACAGAGGCCACACAACAGCAUCACAGUCUCUAAGAAACGCAACUGGCUUCAUCAGAGCACUCUAAGGUCUUUUAAUCAGGAAGAAGAAUUUAUGAAGACUCAAGAGAUCACCCACAUAUUCAAAUCUCCUUCAUUAUUUCAACAUCAUCUACCAAAAAAUGCUAAUGCUACACACUCUUCCUUGUCAAAUUAUACUUUAGAAUUUAGUGACGAAAAUGAUGCAGAUGAUGAAGGUGAAAUAUGGUACAACCCAAUUCCUGAGGAUGAUGGCCAUGUCUUACACAGUGUUGCUAGUUCUGAGGAAACAAAUUCUGGUAAUUUGGGUAUUUCGGCUCUCACUUUGAAAGUGUCAUCUGGAAAUGAUUUGGCAAAACCAGUGAGGCAAGUAAAUGAACAUGUAAAUGUUCAGAUAGCACAAGCCAGUGAGAUUCCUCAGGUCAAUUCCAUGUGUUCUGCAGAAUUGGUACAGCUGAAUAAGCAGAGGCUUGGAUGUAGGACUCAAGAUAAUAACUCUCUGGUUGAAGACAAUUUAAAGUCAAUUACAGGUCCUGGAAUCCCAGUUGCUACAAGUAAGUCUGAAUUAAGUACAGCUGAAUCAUCUCCUCCAAGUCCCAACCCUGUGAAAAAAGGUGGCUCCAUCAAUUGGUCUUUUCCAGAUAAAAUCAAAUCUCCAAAAACUGUAAGGAAACUUUCCAUGAAAAUGAAAAAACUACCUGAACUUAGCAGAAAGCUAAGUGUCAAAGGAACCUUGGGCCAUAUACACAGUUCCCACAGCCCCUCCUCCUUGUCUAAAUGUAACUGUCAAGGUAGGAGCCACACAGUCACUUUACCUUCUGGGAAUACCACCCCGGCUGCUCAGAGAAAUGUGAUAAGCCGAUACCACUUGGACAGCAGUGUCUCUUCCCAGCAAAAUUUCCCCAAAGAGAAUUCUUCAAGUUCUAAAUCUACUUGCAAAGGUGGUUAUCUCAGUGAUGGAGAUUCACCUGAGCUCAUAAUUAAAUCAGGUAAACGUGGAUCUGAAAACAAACAUUUGAGGGGAAAGGAAAUAUUUCCAAAUAGUAGCAACAAAACUGAAAUAGACAUUGAUGCUUUUAGACAUUACAGCUUUUCUGAUCAACCCAAGUGUUCACAGUAUCUCUCUGGACUCAUGAGCGUGCAUUUCUAUGGAGCAGAGGAUUUAAAACCACCGAGAAUGGAUUCAAAAGAUGUCUUUUGUGCAAUUCAGGUAGACUCAGUCAACAAAGCAAGAACAGCAUUGCUUACAUGCCGGACGACCUUUUUAGACAUGGAUCACACCUUCAACAUAGAAAUUGAAAAUGCACAGCACUUAAAGUUAGUAGUCUUCAGUUGGGAACCAACACCAAGGAAAAAUCGUGUGUGUUGUCAUGGAACUGUUGUUCUCCCCACCUUGUUCAGAGUGACAAAGACACACCAGUUGGCUGUCAAACUUGAACCCAGAGGACUUAUUUAUGUGAAAGUGACUCUUAUGGAGCAGUGGGAGAAUUCUCUUCCGGGCCUAGAUGCAAAUCGAGAACCAGUAAUAUUUGGGGUAGAUGUUCAAAAAGUUGUGGAGAAGGAAAAUGUAGGAUUGACGGUGCCACUGUUGAUGCAGAAAUGUAUCAUGGAAAUCGAAAAGAGAGGCUGUCAGGUAAUAGGCCUAUACCGAUUAUGUGGUUCAGCAGCAGUCAAGAAAGAACUUCGAGAAGCAUUUGAGAAGGAUAGCAAGGCCGUUGGUCUAUGUGAAAAUCAAUAUCCAGACAUAAAUGUAAUCACAGGUGUCCUUAAGGAUUAUUUACGAGAACUCCCUUCUCCUUUGAUAACCAAGCAACUCUAUGAGGCAGUGUUAGAUGCCAUGGCCAAAAAUCCUUUGAAAAUGACUGGAAAUGGCUGUGAGAAUGACCCAAGUGACUCUAAGCACACUGUUGAACUUCUGGAUUGUUUGCCUGAUAUUGAAAAGGCAACAUUGAAGAUGCUGUUGGAUCAUCUGAAAUUAGUGGCUUCUUAUCAUGAAGUUAAUAAGAUGACCUGUCAAAAUUUAGCAGUGUGUUUUGGGCCUGUUUUGCUAAGUCAAAGGCAAGAGACUUCGCCUCAUAACCACAGAGUCUUUACUGAUUCCAAAGAACUUGCAAGUGCUCUGGAUUUCAAAAAACACAUAGAGGUUCUUCAUUACUUACUCCAACUGUGGCCAGCACAACGUCUAAAUGUCAAAGAAUCAACAGACAAUUUGUCCCCAGAGCAAAAAUCUCUGAAUUGUUUGAGACGGAAGAAGCAGCGACCACAUAUGUUGAACUUAAGUGGCACUGAGGGGUCUGGAGUGCUUAGGCCGAGGCAAACCAGAUUGGACAGCCCCCUGAGUAAUCGCUAUGCAGGAGACUGGAGCGGUUGUGGAGAAAACUACUUUAUUAACCUGAAAGAAAAUGUGAAUGAAGUCGAUUAUGAUGAUGUUCCUUCUGAAGAUACAGAGAGUGGGGAGGACUGCAGCAAAGCCGAUGGAGUUGAUCAAGUGGUCGAACAACCGGAAUCUGUCUCCAGAGGGUGUACAUUUCAAACAUACUUGGCAAUGCAGACAAUAGAUUCUUCCAUAGAUCGAAAAGUUAAUCUCAAAGAUUUACAGGAAAGCAUUGAUAUUUUAAUUGGAAAUCUAGAGCGUGAACUUAACAAAAACAAGCUCAAUAUAAGUGUUUGAUUUUUAGGGAUUAUUUGCGUGGUAUUCCUCCUUCUCUCCUCCUUCUGAUGAUGUUUACCCUAUUUUUAAUACCUUCUGAUAACUCCUGCUUAAAUUAUGUGGUACAUUUAGACAUUCCAUUCAUCAGGAGAAGUUUCCCUCUGCUCAUUACAAAGUUAUUCUGGGGUCAAAGAUAACUUAAGCUUUCUGUGAAUAAAGUCGACACAUUUCUUACCAAAUAUUAUGGAUGAGAAGAAUGCACUUGUAGCAUUCAUGUUAUCUGAGAUUAGCCCCCUAUAACUUUGUGCUUUGUGGAAGUAACCCUCUUUUUUCCCUGAAGCAUUACAAGUGAAAAAAACAUUCUUUUUGGAGGAGAAGAACAUUUCAACUGCUUAGCCAGUGUUUGGCAGCAAGAAUUGAUGUAGAUUGAUUUACCAUUGGGUCACAUUUCAUUUGCAAUGCAAAGGCUGCUAUGAUAAGAGAACUUUUAUAAAUAAAAGUUAAAUUGUAUAAAUAUUAAUGUAUUCCUGUAUUAACAUUUUCAAUAAUUAUUUAAAUGUGCAAAAAUGAAAUAUUUUUCUAACCCAAAAAGUUUGUGUAUAUUUAUAUAAGUACAUAUAUGUAUAGUUAUUUGGAAGGGGGCACCAAAUAGUCAGUCGUGUCAUAAAACAUGUCAUGAGGCCAAACUUAGAAUUUACUCCAAAAUAUACUUUUUUCCAGGAGAUUUAUAAAGUAUAGAUUGAAAGAGGUAUUUGUAUAGAAAUUGUGCCAAAAUGGACAGAGAAUGAUAAUUAUCAUUUGCAACUUACCUAAAUAGGUAUUUAUCUCCAGCAUCUUAUUCAGAGAUCAACCAUGACACAGUAAAGACAUAUUCUGAUUAAAUUGUAAAUAACUUAACGUUUGAAAUUUGAAAUUUCUUAUUUAAAGAAUUUGUUGGUUAGUUAUAUUUCAGCUUUGGGCUUUAUUUUCUUCAUCAUCUUGGUGUUGAGAAUUCGAGAAUUGCCCAUAAUUAAUCCUAAGAACCAUGACAACCUUGCUGGGAAAUUCUUAUUAAUUCUAUGCAUUUAAAAAAAUUCAGCUUGGUGUUUGAGUAUUUAUUUACAUAAGUACAUGUACACACUGACAAUAUUACCCCUAUUUUCCUGAAGGAAUCUCUUAUCAUCCUAUGAUUUAUUGCUUUUCGUUAACUUAUUUUGGCUUUAUGAAUCCAGAAAACAGUAACUACAAUGAAUACAAUUAUGUUUUAAAAUGUAAAUGUAGCUUGAAACCUUUUAUCAAUAAAUCAAAGCGUAUUUUUUUAAACUUUUGUAUUUAGAGAUUAUGUCAUUUUCAAACUAAAGGCAAAAAAAGGUUGAAUUGCCAUGAGUCUUCAAGGCCUUGUAACCAGUAAACAAUUCUCUAUAUUUUCAACAUUGAAAUAAUUGGUCACAUGUUUUUAUGAGCUGUACCUUGCUUCUUAUUUGGAAAUCAUAGUUUUCAAUGUCAGAUAAACUGGUCUAUUUUUGUAACCAAUUCAUCAUUUUUAACACAUUAUCAAGAAAUUCCUGAUUGCUUUGUCUGCAUAUAUUAAACAAACACUCAAGGAAAUAUUCUAUUAAA